GUAGUAGAUAUGUGAGAAGGUUCUCCCUCAUGAAAUCAAGGGUCCCGAUCGUUCGAUAAGACCCAUAAGAUAAAACAAAAGUUAAUUCCAUAAUAUAAUUUUUCUCCUUCUUCUACUUCUCUUCAUUCUCAAUCUCAUUAUCCAAAGAAGCAAAGACAAACUUUUUUGUUACUUAAGACUUCACUGAAACAAAGAAAAGAGUUUUGUCUUUUUGGGUUUAUCAUCUACUACUACACAAAGUUAUCACUUUUUUUCCCAAACAAUAUUAUUACUAUUUUUUCCAAACAAUAUUAUUAUAACUAGUCAAAAGUUCAAAACCCAUUUUGCUCAUCUGUUUCUUGAUUCCAAACCUGCUAUUCACUACCAAACACCAACAGAACUCAAAUAUUGUACUCUGUUUUCACUCCCUCAUGGGCUUCUGAAAAAACUCAUAAAAACCUUAUCUUUUUCACUUACUCAAACCGCCAUGGGAAACUCUGUAGGAAAUGAGCACGACACAAGAAGAAGACGAAGGAAACGAGCAGCACCCUCCACCAUGUUAUUGUGGGGAAUCUUGAUCUUUGGUCAGUUUGGUUUGUCUUCAUCCUCAGCUCUUUCUUCUCCUCAUCAGUAUCAUCACCAAUCAUAUCCUUCAUCGAGAAAGGCUGGUCCUUUCCAUGAAACCUCGUCGACUCAAUCCCCCAGCACCUCAUUGUCGUUCACAGAUCCACAUCGUGAAGAAGAAAACAGAGAUGAUGUUUAUAAAGACGACAAGAGAUUAGUUCACACAGGUCCAAAUCCUCUCCACAACUGAAAAGGCUAAUAAUCAGUAACAUGUGUAUGGUUUCUCUUUGAUCUUUAAGAAAUUGUCUUCAGGUUGUAACCUUCUUUUAGUAUUAUUGUAUUUAGAUGUUCUUUUAGUUUUUUGUAACUAAGAGAUAUUAAAUCAUUAUUGUUAGCCUUCUUCUCACGUAGGCUAAGAGUUAAUGAUCUUGUUUCUCUUUAGAACAUCUCCAAAAAGAAACUCUAUUUUGAAGUUUCUAAAACUCUAUAUUUGAAGUUAAACUCUA